UUGGUUGACAUCAGCAGUAACGCUUAAAGUGACUGAAAUUGCUGUUCCUGUAAGUGUGUGUCGGUGAGGAGAAAAUAGAGGCACAAAGAUGGAGAUAAUUCACGCUGUCAACGUUUUUGUCAAAUCACUGCUGUUUUUGCUGUUGUGGUCAAAAUGUGAAGGGAGAGAGUCGGAUCUCAACCAUGUGACCUGCGGCUCACUGGUCAAACUGCUCAACACCAGACACAACGUCCGCCUGCACUCCCACGAUGUCAAAUAUGGCUCAGGCAGUGGACAGCAGUCUGUAACUGGAGUGGAGAACGCAGAUGAUGCAAACAGUUACUGGCAGAUACGUGGGAAGCCCAACCGUCCAUGUCAGCGUGGGGCAUCCAUCAAGUGUGGUCAGGCCAUCCGCAUCACACACAUGAAGACCAGUCGAAACCUCCACACACACCGCUUCAGCUCCCCGCUGUCUAAUAACCAG